AAAAAAACCACAGAAAUUCUACGCCGUGGCUGUCGGCCGCGAGCCCGGAAUUUACAUGGAAUGGACCGACGCACAGAAUGCAUUCCAGGGCUCCAAGGGCGUCAAACAGAAGAGCUUCAACACACGACAAGAGGCUGUUGAAUAUAUCAAGAUCCAUGGAGAUGAGGCAGCGCAGAAGGCAGUCACGAACGAGAUAAGCCAACCUCCUGCCAAGAAGAGCAAGACUGCCAAUGCUGAAAGCAGCGCCGUUGCGAGUGGUUGCCUGGAAGUGUACACGGACGGCAGCAGUCGAGGCAACGGCAAAGUCGGCGCGGCGGCUGGGGUAGGCGUUUACUUCGGCCAUGACGACCCAAGGUUGGUCCCAUGAUUGAUCACACUUUAACGUGGAUGGCAUUUCGCUUAUCUCGCUACAGGAAUAUCUGCGAGCGGCUCGAAGGCGAGCUGCAGACCAACCAGCGUGCUGAGCUCACUGCUAUUCUACGUGCCAUGCAAAAAGUUUCCGUCGACCAGGACAUAGAGAUCGUGACCGACAGUAGGUACUCUCUGAGUUGCGUCACGGAAUGGUACAAGACUUGGGAGAAAAACGACUGGCAGACUUCCGGUAAAGAAGAGGUCAAGAACAAGGAUCUCGUACAGGCCAUCCGGGCCAAGAUAGAGGAUCGCGAUGCCUCUGGGACCAAAACGUUGUUUCGAUGGGUCAGAGGCCACAACGUUACUCCUGGAAAUGUCGAGGCCGACAAACUUGCUGUCGGUGGCGCAGCGCUUCCGAGACGCAAGUAAUUUUCACGGCCAGAAGCCCCAGGCUGUCGCGUCCUAUCUAAGCAGUUGUGCAGUUUUCGUAUUGUUUAUUAGGAGGAAAUUCAAGCUUGUCAAAACUGUUAGCCUAGUCCUUUUUUGUUUUUUUGUUGUUGUUUUUUUGCUGCGGUAUGGAGAUCUCGUUCGCACUAGAUACCCAAUUCUUCAUUUUCUUUGAUGGUGAUUAAGUCAACCGUUAUAAAAUGAUUCAUCAUAUGCUCAUGCAUUGGCAGCGGGUACACAACAUACCCAUUGUUUCAGCAAAACGCAUACGUAUCACGAUAUCACCGAUACAGUCAUGCAGCAAUAUCGCCGGUACAGCCCUGCAUGACGACGUGUAUCGAAAUAGAUGACAUUUAGAAUGAUAACACCUUAAAGAAUGGGUGAAACCUUCAAGCCUUUGGGCAAUGUCAAUAAUUAUUGUGCCAAGUUGGCUGGUCCAAAGUGAAUGUGAUUGAAU